UUAGAGGCAGAAAACAGGAAAAAAAAAUGCUGAACCAAUGGACUGCAGACACAGUACAGGAUGACCAGAGACUGCGGACAGCACAGGGAUGACCAGAGACUGCGGACAGCACAGGGAUGACCAGAGACUGUGGAUAGUACAGGGGAUGACUGCUGACCUUUGGGGAGGGGGGGAGCGGGUACCUGAAUUUGACAGAUACCCGCUCCCACUUCCACGGAGUUGUUCUUUCAUCUUACCUGUUCCUCUAUCCAGCCGCGCGCUGUCUUCCCGGCUUCUGUAAUGGCGCUCGGCAUGACACCCGGGUGCCCAGUGCGCAUGAGCGAGAAGCACUUGCGCUUUGUGAUUGGUCCGGCAGCUUCUGGGAUCUGUCAU